AUGCAGUCGUUGAUGGGCGGAACACCGAUGGCCAAUGCGCCAUCCAACCUUGGCAUCUCGGCCGCUCCUUCCGCCCCUUCCACCACCGCGCUCGCAAACGGUUUCAAGCCCGCUAACUCGCCCGUCUACUCGAACGCAGAGGCAGCAGCAAAUGCGCAGGGCCUCGUCUAUCCCUCGCUCCAUCUCCAUCCACUCAACGACACCUUUGCCCCCAAGCAGAUCAGUCUGGCGCCGCCCGGUCCCAACAAUCGCAUCAAGAUCGGCCGUCAGACCAACGCAAAAACGGUACCCAACCCCACCAACGGCUACUUUGACAGCAAAGUACUCUCGCGUAUGCAUGCCGAGGUCUGGAGCCAGAACGGCAAAGUCUACAUCAAAGACGUAAAAUCCUCCAACGGCACCUUUAUCAACGGCGAACGUCUCUCCCCCGAGGCGCAGGAGUCCGAUGUUUUUGAGCUCCACAACGAGGACAUGGUCGAGUUCGGUAUCGACAUUGUCGGCGACGACAACAAGACCAUCAUCCACCACAAGGUCGCCUGCCGCGUCUACCUCGUCCUCACCGCAGAAGAUGCACUCAGCCUCCGACACGACUUUGCCAGCUUGUAUCGAGGUGGCAUGCAUGGCGGACCACUCGGAAGCAACGGCGUCGGUCCCGGCGCCGAAGGUGGCCUCCGCAGAACAAAGGCCGGUUUCAGCUUUGAUCAUGUUCUCAGCAAGCUGCAGAGCGAGCUGCAGAGGAGCAAAGAUACCUGGAACGACCUUGGCAGCCUCACCACCACCAUGCACGAUAUUCACGAGACCCUCGGUGGCAGCGCACCGCCUCUUUCCUCGGCACCCUAUCCCCACCUCGUCCCCGCCCCUCCCGGCUCGCUCAAUGCACAAGCGCUACAGCAACACCAACUCCAACACCAGCAGCAGCAAGAGCAGCAAGAGCAGCAACGUGCAAAAGACGCAGAGACACAAGCCACCACCGACGCUCACUCGGCUACCAUCUCAGCCCUCCAGACACAGCUCUCAGAGACUCAGUCCUCCCUGGCAGCGCAUGUCGAAAAGAUCCGCAGUCUCGAAUCCAUCCUCUUGGAGCACGACUCGAUCAAACGCGAAGUCAGCACGAUCAAGCUGCAGAUGGAACAAGCAAAACGCGAGUUGGACGCCGUCGCCUCUGCCUCUUCCUCUUCCUCUUCCUCUUCCUCCUUGCCUCCCGCGCACGCCAUCAAUGGCUUUGGCACCAUCCGAGGUGCAAACCACCUCUUGCACUCGUUCCAACAUGACGACUGGGACGAUGGCGCCAGCACUGCCAGCGUAGAAACCGUCACCCAGAACAAGGACGACGACCACGACCACGACCACGACGACGACCACGUCGGUCCUCGCGCACCCCCCGACAUGCCACCUCAGCUUGCAUCAGACCAAGCGGAACAUGAUACACACGCCACAGCGGCCUCAACUUUAAGCGCCCAAGACGCAGCCAGCUCAGCUUCGAGUGCUUCCGAUGCACCCUCGUCAGCUCUGACGCACCACAACCUCUCCAAGCAGUCCGAUGAGCGCGAUCUCGAGCUGCGUGCGCAAAACGAGGCACUCUCAGCACGACUUGAACAGCUAGCUACCCAGCUCGAGCAGGCUUUGGCGCUCAGCCGUGGACUGCAGGACCAGCAUGCGCAGGUCACCGACACGGUAAAGACGCUCGAGCAACGCGUGCAUAUCCUCGAGAAGGAGGUCGAACAGAACGCCGCAGCACCGCCUUCUACAUUGGCAUCCCAACAGUCCACUGCCGAGCUGCUCAACGGUAUCGAGGGACGCUGGACCGAAUUUCGGACCGAGUUUGAAGAGAGCUGGCGCAAGGAGCGCAAAGGCUUGCAGACAGAGCGUGACGAGUUACGUCAGGUGGUGCGAGCCUGGGAUGAAGCCAAUCGUCGCAUGGAAGAAGAGUUGAACGGCGACGAUGACGGUGCUGAGGCGGACGAGCAAGAGCAAGACAGCACCGCCAGCGGCGUUACAGCAGCAGCAGCAGCAGCGCCAGCAGCGCCAGCAUCGCCAGCAUCGCCCGACUUUGAGUCCUCGUCCUCGCAGCCACAAGAUGCGUCGACUGCAGACGGUGCAAUGAGAGCUUCGUCCUCGUCUUCGCUCAGUCUCAACGGACCCAACAGCAACAGCAGCCGUUCAAAGCGAGGCAAUGGCCGUCGCAGCAAACGGCACGUCAACAGUGCGCUUCGCUCCCUGCUCUACGGCAGCGCCACGGCGGGCUUGAUGCUUGAACGCGAAAGCCGAGACUCGGAUGACUACGAGCGUUGGAACCACGCAUCGCGCUCAAGGUUGCCUCACCGCAGCCCCGACGACGACGCCUUAUCUACCAGUCAGUCUGUCCGAAGCAUAGCCGACUCGACCUCAACACGUCCAUCCGAUUCCACCGAAAUCACCACGCCCGAUCUAGCGACCGACGUGGCCGCAAACGAUGCGUCCGCUCUAGACUCGCAUCCGAUCAAGCACGAUCAGCACCAUCCUCACUCACGUCACGCUCGAGAUGGCGGUGCAGACAGCCGCAACGCUCAGGAACGCGCCAUUGGCCCACAGACGCUCGCCGCCGCCGGGGUCGUGUUUGUUGGCCUCACCGCUUGGAUCUUGGCGGGCAAAGAUCUUGCUCGAUUCAACAUGACGCUUACAGGCAAACCAUGA